GGACCGGGCUCCCGCGCCGCGGCCCUAGGUGGCCUCUCGCCAUGGCCAAGUGGCUAAACAAGUACUUCAGCUUGGGGAACAGCAAGACCAAGAGCCCCCCGCAGCCACCGAGACCCGAUUACCGCGAGCAGCGGCGCCGGGGCGAGCGGCCCUCUCAGCCCCCCCAGACCGUGCCGCAGGCAGCCUCAGCCACUUCGGCGUCCUGCGGUCCGGCCACCGCGUCCUGCUUCUCGGCCUCGUCGGGCUCAUUGCCCGACGACAGCGGCAGUACGAGUGACCUCAUCCGCGCCUAUCGCGCGCAGAAGGAGCGCGACUUCGAGGACCCCUACAACGGGCCUGGCUCGUCGCUCCGCAAACUGCGCGCCAUGUGCCGUCUGGACUACUGCGGCGGCGGCGGCGGGGAGCCCGGCGGGAGUCAGCGCGCCUUCUCCGCCUCGUCGGCGUCAGGAGCCGCGGGUUGCUGCUGUGCGUCCUCCGGCGCGGGCGCCGCCGCGUCCUCGUCUUCGUCCUCUGGCUCCCCACACCUCUACCGCAGCAGCAGCGAGCGGCGGCCGGCCACACCGGCCGAGGUGCGCUACAUCUCUCCUAAGCACCGCCUCAUCAAAGUAGAGAGCGCCGCCGCGGGUGGUGCAGUGGAUUCCCCGGGGGGCGCCUGCUCCGGCGGCCGCACCUGGAGCCCGACGGCUUGCGGAGGCAAGAAGCUGCUCAACAAGUGCGCUGCCUCGGCUGCAGAAGAGAGUGGGGCCGGCAAGAAGGACAAGGUGACCAUAGCUGAUGACUACUCUGAUCCCUUUGAUGCCAAGAAUGAUCUCAAGAGCAAAGCAGGAAAGGGGGAGAGCGCUGGCUACAUGGAGCCCUAUGAGGCCCAGAGGAUCAUGACAGAAUUCCAGAGGCAGGAAAGUGUCCGGUCCCAGCACAAAGGCAUCCAGUUAUAUGACACCCCUUAUGAACCCGAAGGCCAAAGCGUGGACUCGGACUCAGAGAGCACGGUCAGCCCCCGACUGCGUGAGAGCAAGCUGCCCCAGGAUGACGACAGGCCCGCCGACGAGUACGACCAGCCGUGGGAAUGGAACCGGGUCACCAUCCCAGCCCUGGCAGCCCAGUUCAACGGCAACGAGAAGCGGCAGUCAUCCCCGUCACCUUCGCGGGACCGGCGGCGCCAGCUUCGUGCUCCUGGAGGGGGCUUCAAGCCCAUCAAGCACGGGAGCCCCGAGUUCUGCGGGAUCCUGGGAGAAAGAGUGGACCCUGCCGUCCCACUGGAGAAGCAAAUAUGGUAUCACGGAGCCAUCAGCAGAGGAGAUGCCGAGAACCUUCUGCGACUCUGCAAGGAGUGCAGCUACCUUGUCCGGAACAGCCAGACCAGCAAGCACGACUUCUCCCUCUCCCUGAAGAGCAACCAGGGCUUUAUGCACAUGAAACUGGCCAAAACCAAAGAGAAAUACAUUCUGGGUCAGAACAGUCCACCAUUCGACAGUGUCCCAGAAGUCAUCCACUACUACACCACCAGAAAGCUACCCAUCAAAGGGGCUGAGCACUUGUCCCUCCUCUACCCGGUGGCCGUGAGGACCCUGUGAGCAGACCAGCCCCUCCCUGCUCUGUGACAGAGCCCAAGACUCGGAGGAGCCAGCAGGGCACCUGCCGGGACCAGCCCGGCACGCCCGGCCACGUGCCAGCCUGUCCACUUUGUCGUGUGUAUGGUACUAGCACACCACUGCAUGUCUUAGAAUGUUGUUGCCACUUAGCCGGGGAAGGGGCUGGAGAAGGCCUGGAUGAAGGCAGAGGGGUGGCCACCACACCACCCCAGUCCCCGCCCCCACCCGCUCCUUGAGUUCUGUGAAUUAAAAUAUUUGCAAUCCAAAGAGAUGCCUUCCAGGAUGAACAAAGGCAGAGCAGCUCUGGGGGCGGGGCGGGGCGUGCGGCGGGAGCUCGGGGCUGCAUCUCUUUGUUCUCCAGCUGUCAUGAACUCACACCUGUGUGUGGGCAAAGUUUUCCCACCGGUGCUGGGAGCUGAGUGUUGGCUUCCAGAGGCCAAGGGGCCUGGGGGCCACUCCCUCUGGCUGUGUGUACCUCUUGAGUGUGCACCUAGCACACACAUGAGAGAACAUGGUCACAUACACACACAGUAAGCCCCGUCUACUUUUAGUCACGGUGUAAUCAUUAGAUCUCUAAGGAGUCAUUGUGCAGUCAAAGAGGAUGCAAUUAUUUAUGAAUAGGGUGUGUAAAUAAAAUAGUCAUUUAAUAUAUAUUCUUAUCCCUUUUUUUUAUAUACCACAGUGGGGCUCCACAGAGGCAGUGCUUGCUUGCUGGUUUCAUGCCCUGAGCAAGGUGUGUCUCCUGGGCUUGCUAGUUGGUGUGACAGGCCCUGGGCAGGACAAGGACAGAGACUGCAGGCAGGCAUCUGACUGGGCAGUCAGAGGCUCACGGGAGAGGCAACUCGGCCAGAGGUCAGUCACCUGCAGGAAGGUGUAGCUGGGCCCUGCGUUUGGGUUUCAGCAACCAGGCCCCCUCCAGCCAGUGACAACCAAAUCUGGCUUAACCCUUAGGUGGCUUGCAUCUAGCAAUCUAAAAGGGCUCUGCCCAUUGUCUAGUCAGUGUCAUCCUGUGGGGAUAAGGGAAGCUUAGACAGGGACAAUCCAAGGUCACACCAUUUUUUAAGCAGCAGAGCAGACUCCAGGGCCACUGCUCUAUCGUUGGUUCUGCAUGACCUCACUGUCACCCUGCUCUGGGCGUGGGGAGGGACAUGGAUGCUGGUCAUCCACACUGCAUCCACACAAAUAAAACCACCUACACACACACACACACACACGCACACACCACAUCGUGUCUGCCUUUCCCACCUCUCAGCAGCGGAACAGGUGUGGCUGUCACCUGCUGAAUAAGGUAUAAGAGAUGCAGCCAGGGUUCUUCAGCCUGUUCCAAGCACAGGUGCUCUCUGAGCCCUUCAGAUCUGAAUGGAUGGAAGUGUGGUGGCCCACUGUGACCGUCACCCCCAGCACACAGGGGUUGAGUUUAGAUGUCACCAGCAGGUCUAGACUUUAGUCCUUCAGAGAUGGCUCAGGCCCAGGGCUUUAGAGAUGGCUCAGGCUGCUGCUUGGAUGUGGAGACAGAAGCCCAAAGGAGAAGGACUUGCCAGGCUGGGGCAAGGCCACUUGCCAGGCUGGGGCAGAACAAGACUGAAGGCCACAUUUGGGCGACUGCCAUGGAUUUCAGCAGUUUGUGGCCAAAGCCAUUUCCUUGGCCUCCCUUCCCUAACGCCCAGCCUGCCUCUGGAGUCAUCCUCCAGGUCCCUGUGUGUCAGUCCAGUUGGCUGCAGCCUGGGUUAAUCUCCAGUGAAGCCAACCCUGACCCUGGCCUGUUUUGCGUUUUCUAAAAUGUCUUUCCGGGCACCCAGGGAGCAAGAGUGACCAGGGCCUCUGCUGGGGGUGAAUGAGGAAAACGAGCCAAGAACAGGCCCUUGUCCAAACAGGUGCCACAGGAGUCUGGCUCCCCAGAACACCCGGUAGGGGCUGAGGAUGUGGGGAGGCAACCCCUUGGGCCAACAGGAGGCGAAGGCUUUCCGUGGCAAGAUCAGAUUUGGGCUCUCAGGCACUUCCUGAGAGCGGCACAGCCCUCCCGGAGCCCAUCUGCCAGAGACCUCCUCAGAAAGGCUCUGGCUGUGGGCGAGGGGAAGCUGGGCUCUCCCUCUCAUCUUGCCUUUGCGCCUUUAAAGAAUUUCUAGGACCCUCCCUCCCAACCCCACUGCCUUCAUCUUCCAGAAGUUUCCCCAGAGGCCCAAUCUCUUGCUCCCUUAGGGACCAGGGCCAUCAGAGGAGCCAGCACACAGGAUAGGAGCUGCUAAAAGGAAUUUUUUUCCUUAAUUUUAUGAACCUCUCCCUCUUCUUCCUCUAAUUGUGGCCAUUUCCUCUGUCAGCGUGUAUUCAUGUUUUCUUGGACAUCUAACAAUUGAAACAGCUUUUCCCUUUCAGAAACACUCACAUUCAGGUUACUGGCGUUGGUUUGGUUUUUGUUUUGGCUUUUUUUUUUUUUUUUUUUUUCAUCUGCUGCCAAUUAAUGGAAAGGAGGGAAAAAAAAAUGAACUGGAUUUCUCUGAGUAAAAAGAAAAACUCCGUGCCACACAAUAUCUCCCCCUUAGCAUCUUAUCUCAGAACACGGCCUCCAGCCACCAACGGGCCUCCUUGCUGAGAGCCACUGGGCUGUUGUUUUCUUUCUUUGCCUCCUUUGCUGACUUCAUUGUUGAUCACAAUGCCCUGGGCACUUCAGCAGCUCUGUCCUUGAGCACUGAAGAGUCAAGGGCCCUUUUGGCAGCCUAGCAGAAGGACACAGCAUCCACAGAAAGAAAGGCGGCUUUGUCGGGGAGAGGCCCACCUGCCUUCAGCCUGAAGCCCUUCAGUUGGGGUCCCCUGGAGAGACUCCCGGAGCAGCCUUGCACUGGAAGUGUGAAAGGCUGAGUCUUCAGGCAGGCUGGGCUUCUCCCUGCAGGCGACUCUGGGCCGGUAGCAGGAGCCAUCCUGGUGAACCUUCCCCUAAGAUCCUCAUGUCAACAGGUGAAGUCCCCGCGGUGGCUCUGCUUCCACUGCAGUUACAGGACCAAGACUGUGAACACCAAGCCCAGUGACUCUCAAGAGACCCUCGGAAGUCUGGCAGGGACAGGUGGCCAGACCUGUACUGUGCUCUCACAGGCCAUGGGACCAGUAUGUGCAGAAAACAAACUGGCUUUUGGGGUUGAUCUGUGGACGCUCCUCCCAAAGGGCCUUCCCUGGCUGAAUCAGAUGACUGUCCAGCAAACCACCCUGUCUGCCUCUUCACACUUCCAAAUCGGUGACCAACAAAGACCAAAUGUUGAAGGCACCCUCUGGGCACAGGUGGCCCUUGGCCACUCCGUCACUCUCCUUGGGGCUAUUUGUAACACUGCCUCCUAGCCAUUUACGGCUGAAAAUGUGUCCUGUAAAGUUCCAAUUCCAUGUGAUACGCUGUAUAAUGAUGUAUAUUUAAUGUGAAGUUUUUAAUAUACAAAUGUCUUGUUUAAGUGCA